AAUAAAAAGAAGAAAGAAGCCUGGAAAGGAAACAUGUAAGUAACGCCUGAUCGAUUUCUUGAGUUUAAUGCGGAAGAUGUGAAAGUUCAGAACUCGAUAUGAAAUGUCUGUUUAGGAGGAAUUUACAUCUCUUUUGAGGCUUUAUGACCGCGUGUCGGGCUUAUCGGAGGUCAUUUUAAUGCAACUGUGAUUUUUCGUGGAUUAACGGGUACGUAAGAUAAUGGCGGACAGCCCGAACAGAAAGGUACAGACGAAUUUUCAACCAUGCAUCAUCGUGCAUGGAGGCGCCUGGGCCAUACCAGAUGUCUUAAAGGAUCCAUCGGUUAAGGGAGUCAAGAAAGCUGCUGAGAUAGGUUACGAGUCCUUGAUAACGGGCGGAACUGCUGUUGAUGCAGUUGAGGCAGCUGUCCGCAGUCUAGAGGAUGACCCAACUUUUGAUGCAGGCCAUGGUUCAGUUCUUACAGAGGAGUUGACUGUUGAAGUUGAUGCAAUGAUCAUGGACGGGAACACUUUAGAAUCAGGUGCUGUGGCAGCAGUCACAGGAAUAGCAAAUCCUGUGUCUUUAGCACGUCAUGUAAUGCAAGACACGCCCCACUGUUUCUUGGCUGGAAAUGGUGCUUUAAAGUAUGCUAAUAAAAUAGGUUUUCCAAUUUUAAGCAAUCCUCUUGAACUGAUCAGUGCUGAAUCAAGACUUCAAUUAGAAGGCCAUAAGAAUUUUAAUGAAGCUGUUUUGAGUGGUUAUAAUACCGAAGGAGGGCACACUUCAUUCCUUGCUAAUCCUGGACAUGACACUGUUGGUGCAGUGGCAAUGGAUUCUUUGGGUCACUUAGCUUGUGCAACAUCCACAGGUGGAAUUUCGCUGAAGAUGGCUGGCCGUGUUGGUGACAGUCCACUGAUUGGCUGUGGAGGUUAUGCGAACAAGGAAGGUGCAGUGUCAACAACAGGGCAUGGAGAAUCAAUCAUGAAAAUGAUGCUGGCCAGAGAAGUGGUGCACAACAUUGAAGGAAGUCAUCCUCCUGGCCAUGCUUGUGAUAAAGCACUUCAAAGAAUGUUUGAGGGAGUAAGUGGCCAGGGGGGAACAAUAGCAAUCGAUAGACAUGGUCAGGUGGGGAGGGGUUUUACUACUAAGCGUAUGCCAUGGGCAACUAUCAAAGAAGGUGUUCUUAAGUAUGGAAUUGAACGAAAUGAGGAAAUUGUGAACUAAAGACAAGUUAAAAAAAAUAUUGAUAAUUUUUUUCAGACAGUUCUGAGUAUUAAUUUUAUUGACAUAAUAUUUAGGAAGGUAUCCCAUCAUUUGUGCUUUUCUUUAUAAUUUCUCAUUGCCAAUCUACUUAACAAUGUUUUAACACUGUAAGGAAAAAUUCAACUUCACUUCAAUCCUCUUCAUGUCCUUGGGCACAUAAGGCCAAGAGAGAAAUUAAGCUAGAAAAAUUUUGUUUGUAAACAAUGACAGGGAAAUACCGUCAUUUGGCCUUAGAGAAAAAUCAAUAAAAAUUGCAAAACAUGUGAAUUUCUUGCACAGCCGUAUCCUAUUGUGUAGCUGCUAAAUAAUGUUACCAGACCUUUACCUAACAUGCCAAAGGUUGUUAGAGUGCCCAACCAGAAUGUGCAUGGAGUCGUACAUUUGAAUUUAUUCAAAGCUAGGCCUUUUUUCUCUGAUUGUCCUAUACUCGUCUCGAGCAUCAUUUCAUAUUUCUCAGGAAAUAUUUAGACUAUUUAUUCAAUGUUUUACGGACAUUUUAGCAGCAGUAAAGGGUUUAAUAAUAUUUAACCUUAAAUUUUCAAGUUAAAUUGAAGAUUCCAUGAGAUUCCUCUUGUAAGCAUUUCUACAUAGUAUCAAUUCUCUAACUUUUCCUGUCUCUGUUAAUAUUUAUUUAUUUUUGAUUGGUUGGGGUUUGUAUGUUGUAAAAUGUAUUUGUAACUAAUUCUCUGGGUUCUUAUAUCUAUAAUUUACAGAUUUUUUGAACUACUGGGUUACCUUUGCUUUGAAAUAAUUUAUUUUGUAUUAUAACUGUUUUAAUUUAUAAAUUGUCUGCUUUACGUCUUAAUUUCGAACUUGUAAGCCAAGUACAAGUUCUUGGAAAAAAUUGUAGACAAAUGCAUAGAAAAUAAGAAGUGACUGGAUGCUUUCUAGCACAAAUAUAUCCCUCAAUUUGUCUAGUAUCUUAACUGCUGUUCAUAAAUUGUUCAGAAUUCAAUUAUUUUUAAGGGAAGUAUUUGCCAGUAUUUAGAUUCCCAUACAAACACUGUAAUUUUGACGCGUGUUGCCAAUCGUCAAGAUGGCUUCCAAAUCUCGAUAAAACCUUGACUGAGAAUGGCUCAGUCAGUGAUUUCAAGUAUAAUGAAGUUAGUUACUGUUUGAAGUAUUAAGUAUUUUAUAUUUGAGAGAUAUUUUACCAGGUGUUGGUUCAGCUUUGACUAGCAUUCCUCUGAUUUCUUUAUUCGUACAUGUUCCCCCAAAAUGCGCAGAAAAUGUCAAUAUUCCUUCUUCCCUCUUUUGCUUAUUCAGUUCACAGCUUGAUCUACUUCGUGCUAUGAUUUUGAUGGUCAUGGAACAUGAACGGUGAUUUUGAAAUAAAUUUUCAAUUUUUAUCCCAUUGAACUAAAUCAGCAAAUUGUUGACUAAAGACAAAUCAAGAAAGUUAAUUUUGGUGGCAUUUUAAGAAAGUGUGCCCUUGUUGAUAAUUUUCUCUAUUUUCAUCACCAAUCUAAUCCAAUGUAAACACUAAGGAGAAAUUUGGCUAGAAAAAUAUGUAAAUCACAA